UCCCCGCCCUCGAGCCGGGGUGCCGGAGCCGCCCGCCGCCCGUGGAGGAGGUGGAGGGAGCCGCAGGGGCCCGCCGAGGCGGCGGCGGCGGCAAGAUGGCGGACUUCCUGCCGUCGCGGUCCGUGCUGUCCGUGUGCUUCCCCGGCUGCGUGCUCACGAGCGGCGAGGCCGAGCAGCAGCGCAAGUCCAAGGAGAUCGACAAAUGCCUGUCGCGGGAGAAGACCUACGUGAAGCGGCUCGUGAAGAUCCUGCUGCUGGGCGCGGGCGAGAGCGGCAAGUCCACCUUCCUGAAGCAGAUGAGGAUCAUCCACGGGCAGGACUUCGACCAGCGCGCGCGCGAGGAGUUCCGCCCCACCAUCUACAGCAAYGUGAUCAAAGGUAUGAGGGUGCUGGUAGAUGCUCGAGAGAAGCUUCAUAUUCCUUGGGGAGAUAAUGAAAACCAGCUACAUGGAGACAAGUUGAUGGCGUUUGACACCCGGGCCCCCUUGGCUGCCCAGGGAAUGGUGGAAACACGGGUCUUUUUACAAUAUCUUCCUGCUAUAAGAGCCUUAUGGGCAGACAGUGGUAUACAAAAUGCCUAUGACCGGCGACGAGAAUUCCAACUGGGUGAAUCUGUAAAAUAUUUCCUGGAUAACUUGGAUAAACUUGGAGAACCAGAUUACAUUCCAUCACAACAAGAUAUUCUUCUUGCCAGAAGACCCACCAAAGGCAUUCAUGAGUACGACUUUGAAAUUAAAAAUGUUCCUUUCAAAAUGGUUGAUGUAGGUGGUCAAAGAUCAGAAAGGAAACGUUGGUUUGAAUGCUUUGACAGUGUGACGUCAAUACUUUUUCUUGUUUCCUCAAGUGAAUUUGACCAGGUGCUUAUGGAAGAUCGACUGACCAAUCGCCUUACAGAAUCCCUGAACAUUUUCGAAACUAUCGUCAAUAACCGGGUUUUCAGCAAUGUCUCCAUAAUUCUUUUCUUAAACAAGACAGACUUGCUUGAGGAGAAGGUGCAAAUUGUGAGCAUCAAAGACUACUUCCUAGAAUUUGAAGGGGAUCCACACUGCUUAAGAGACGUCCAAAAAUUCCUGGUGGAAUGUUUCCGGAACAAACGCCGGGACCAGCAGCAGAAGCCCUUAUACCACCACUUCACCACUGCUAUCAACACGGAGAACAUCCGCCUCGUUUUCCGCGACGUGAAGGACACCAUUCUUCACGACAACCUCAAGCAGCUUAUGCUACAGUGAUGUACAAAGACUUGCUAUUUUAAUACCUUUUUGUGUUUUUGAUUGUUUUCUGUUUGUCUUGUCUUGUUUUUUAAAAUAGCAGUUUACAACAAGAAUUAGAAAAGUCUUGAUUCUGUGUUUAACUUUUUGGAAAUCUUAGUCCUGCGGCCUUUGGUUUGUGGCUGGACGCUGCUGAGUAACACAUUGCCAAUACCUGCUGGAAUUCAGGCUUGGAUUGGUCUCGCCACGGCUCCCGCUCACGUCCAGUUGUCAUUUCCUAGCCAACCUCAGGCUUCAAAUUCUUCCACCUUUUAAAAAGAGUUCUCUGUGGUGCCAAGUGUAGACGGCAUCCUUGAGUACAUGUAGGAAUGCCUUUAGGAAUUUAGGCUCUCGUGCAGGGAAGAGAUCUUCAGUCUGCCUUACACAGAGCGGGACACGCGCUGCCCAGCCUACCACUUCCUAUUGUGAAAGCACUGUUGGAAAAGGUUUUAUCUAGGGAAUGGCAUCGGUCGAUUUAUGCGCAGGUUUAGCCUUCAUGUGUUUGUAAUUGCAUAUAUACGCAACAGUUGUUUUGUUUCAAAAUUUCUAUGGUUUCUGAAGGCAAUGUUCUUAGUGUUUUAAAGUUUACAUAAGGAUUUCUAGUCUGGUCUGGUGGGAAUGGUACCGGGGAGCAAAUGCUAUAAUAGUAUCAAAAGUAAUGAGUGACCUACAGUUUGCCUUUUUUCCUAUAUCUUGAUCAUGUGAUUUAAUGUUUCAUAUGUGAAAUAGUUUGGCCACAGCAGCAACUAAAAAUUGCAAGUGACUUGGUAACAAAUAAACGUAAUUGGUCCAGAAUGACAUGUGGGUCACUCCUCAGUCCUGUCUUGGUUGACUUUGCUCCUUACUCAAGGAAAUCAGUGUCACAUCAUCACUUAUUUCUUUUGCUCUUCUGUCCCAUCCCCAGCAACAACAAACUGUGGCAUUUAAGGGAGUCUUCUGUUUAUUUGGAGCUUGCCAAGGGUAGUAUUUUCCUGUCAAACUAUUCAAGAAGGCAUUAUUUGAGAUUGCUGUUCAUUCUUGGUGUGUCUCUAAAAGAUACAUUAUGUACAUGUUUGUGUAAUUAUUGAUUAUGAGAUGCCAGCUUUAUCAAGGUACAUUUUCAAAUUUUAAGAAUGCUUAUAAGGAAAAGUAGUAAUUUUUUUAGUUCACACCUAAAGGUGAUUACAUUUGACCUCCCAUUGCUUACCACAUUCAACCAUGCCCGUGGAGUAGCUUUGAUUACAGAUGGUCAGCAGAAUGGCUGGUGGGCAGGACUGCCUGUAGGUUUUAUGUAGUGUUCAAUUGGAUUCAAGAUACAGAUGUACAAAGCUGGUAACAGUUUGCAAGAUCUGACGGCUUUUCUGCUUUUCCUAAAAAUUGUGAUUAAGACUGUGAUAUCUGUCACUUUACUGUAUAGCUGACUGUGUUCUCAGGUAUUUUAUUGGUCCUUGAAAGAUUGGUCAACAUUGUGGAUCACCUGUCCUUUCCUAGACGGUGGCUCUUGUCCUGUCUUGCUGUCGGGUAGGAGAGGUAGACCUUGCAGUGUGCUAACCAGGGAUUUGUUCUUGACAUCCUGGCUUUUUCUUGCUUUUGAAGUUUCACUGUCAUCACAUCCAUUUAAAUCUCAGUGUUUUCAUGCCUUUGUAAUACACGAGCUUCAGACACACAGCCCAACAUGGUAAUGAUGCAGGUGUUCAGAGCAUAAUUCGUGCAUGUUUUAAUAGUUCUAUUAGUGCUUCUUGCCAAAAAGGUUAGAAUAUAUUGUUUAAAUUUACAGGGUUAGCACAACCCCAGUGCUAAUGAACAUCUGAGUAUGUGCACAGUACUAUUGGACCUGUUUGGUAGAGCCUACUGUAAAUUUAGCUGAUAGUUUUAUUGAGUGGCCAAGACAAAUAUUUAACUACAGUGAAGGCUUCAGACAGCUUCCUAUAGAAGGUUGACAGCUUAGUCUUAUUGAAGCUAUUUUAAGAUCUGUGAUAAGCAUAAAUAUUGCCUGACAAAGCAGAAAAUACCAAGUUUCCCUCUUUUUAGCUGCCACCAAGAAAUGUUAAAACACCAGCUAGAUAUGGUGUCAUUUGCAGCUUUCUUCUGAUGUGUGCAAUGUCUCACAAUCAACAUUCUUUUAAAAUAGGAUUUAGAAUCUAUUUUGAGGCAAUAAAUUCUAUUUAAUUUAUCAGCCUUGCUUAGACCUUCAGUAGAACUAUGAGAUUCAACCUAUAGGCUUCAGUCCACACGUUCUCCUGUGCUAUAUUUUAAAUUAUUUGAAAGGAAUCUCUUGCCUAUAUCAUGAAAGCCACAUCCUUUGAAUUCAAGUACCACUGUAUAGAAAAGAAGUUGGAAUUCAAUAAGCAGAACUGAGAAGGUGCUCUUACUUUUCACUGUGCUAACUUCCCCUGAUCUCUAAAAAGUAACUCAGAUUUCAAGUUCUUUGAUGUAUUAAAUUUUCCAAAUCUUUGGUUAUGGUUUGGAAUAAAAUGUGCCUAUUUCUAUAUUGCUUUCUGGUCUUCAAUCUGAAUGCCUUCUCAUUUGUCUGAAGAAAUCUCACACAAGUGUCUUUGUUGACCUUGAAGAAAUUAUACAGAACUGCCUUAUCAAUCAGAGAAAACACAAAUUACACCUUGAUUUUUAUAAGGAAAGGGUUUUGUCAAAUGUUUUCUGAAGAGCUAAGUAAUUCAAGGCAUGCCUCUGCCACUUAAGUAUUAUUUUUAAUAGCCUGAAUUGUUGCUUCCUGCCAAAUAUUGCAUUAARGUGAAGUCUUCGUUUCAGUUUUAUAUCUGAAUAAAAUAUCUGAAUUUUAUAUCUGAAAAGGGCACUUGAUAGCUAAUGAGCAACUGCAGCCAAAGAAGACAGUGUGGAAUGAAAGUUAUUGUUUUUGUUUCCUUUUAAGUUCCAUUGACGGAUACAUUACAUAGACAGGGUCCUCUGGUUACUCUCUAGAGGCGAGACCAUCAAUGAAAAUCUUGUUUGGUUGGUGGCAGUGGUUGGUUUAAAGGGGAAGGAAACGGGUCAGAAGUGGUGAUGCACACCUCUAGCCUCUAAUCCCAGCAAUUCAGGAGGCUGAGGCCGAAGGAUUGUGAGUUCAAGGUCAGCCUCAGCAACUAAG